AUGCCUGAGAGAGAUCUUGUUGCUUGGAACUCUCAACUAUCAGCACUUGCCCAAGCUGGGCAUUUGCAGGAGGCGAAGGACAUCUUCUCCAACAUGCCAGAAUUUGAUGCUCUGUCUUUUACGUCCAUGAUUCAGUGCUUUGGCCAGCACGGCCUUUUGGAAGAUGCCAAGUAUUUCUUCCUCGCGCUGCCUCACAAGGAUUUGGUUGCCUCCACGGUUUUGCUUGUCGUCUUGGCGGAAAGUGGCUGCUUUCACGAGGCAAAGAAUCUGUUUGAGUCGAUGGAGUGUAUCGAUGUGGUUUCAUGCGCAGUAAUCCUGUCCGCUUACGCAGAUCACGAGGACAGUAGCAUCGCGGAGGCUGAGCAAAUAUUUUACACCAUGCAGCGCCACAACGCGUUUGCUUGCACUGCAAUGCUGCGCUUGUAUUCUCGACGAGGGCGGACUCACGACGCCGAAGCCAUAUAUUUAGGUCUGCCUGAUCAAGGCGAGCAUUUAGUCCCGGCAACCGCUCUCAUUACAGCAUAUGCUUGCAACGGGCAUCUGGAAAAAGCAAAGAAACUCUUUGAUGGAAUGAAGGAGCGAAACGAGGUUACGUGGACUGCCAUGCUGACAGGAUAUGUAAACAACCACAGGCUAGAAGACGCCCUGUGUAUUUUUGAAAAAAUGCCAGGUCACGGCGAAAUACCACUGAUUGUGCUCGUGUCGGCAUAUGCCCGAACUGGACAUAUGCUUUUGGCUAAGAGAAUUUUUGACAACUCCAAUGAAAAGAGUGCUAUUGCUUUCAAUGCUUUCUUGUCUGGUUUUUCAUCAAAUUUGCAGUUACUGGAAGCUAAAAGUGUGUUCGAUUCAAUCCAAGAAAGAAACCAAUCUCCAUGGAGUGAAUGCUUUCUGCAUAUACCCAAAACGGGCAUCUGGAUAUGGCAAAUCGGAUAUUCUUAA